GGAUUUCAAUUUUUCCACUUUUUAAAAUUGGAAGAAGACUUUACUCUCUCAGUUCAUAGCUUUCCAGUAUCGCCGGAAUCCAAUCCCCCCACCCACCCACGAUGUACGACCCACAGCACUUGGUUGAUUUGCACGACGCCGCCGACGACAGGUUCUGCGGCGACGGGGCCGACCCACGUUCUUGGCUUUCCGGCGACGACCACCACUCCUCGCCGCCGGAUUCGUCUGCUCUCCACCGCACCAAUUCCUCGCUCUCCGCCGCGGCGGCGGCGGCGGCCAAUGUCGACCCGAGGCUCGUCACUGACAUACUGGAGAUAUUCCCUCUCGUUCUCUCCCUCAUGGAUCGGAAGCCAAAUGCUUCGUUUACUCGCAGGGGGUCAGUGAACUACACAAAGACACCUUCUAGAGAAUCUUUGUAUAACAAGAACGCUGAAGCAAAAGGAAGGAAUGCAAGUCAAUCAAUUCUCACAAAAAGGCAGAGGGACCAAAAUAAAAAUGUUGGCUCUAAUCUUGAUGGAUGUUCGGACAGCUUGUCAGGCUUGUCCUCGAGGUCUUCACUAUCGGAGAAGGAAAGAGAAGAACUCACUGCUUUAAGGGAGCAGGUCGAGGAUUUGCAGAGAAAAUUGUUGGAGAAAGAUGAACUAUUGAAAGAAGUCGAGAAUUCAAAGAACGAGAUAGCUUCCCUUCAUUCCAAACUUGAUGAAAUGCAAAAGGAAUUUGCUGAAAAGGACUCUUUACUCAGAUCUACUCAAAUGCAGCUCUCCGAUGCAAAGAUAAAGCUAGCUGAUAAGCAAGCUGCCGUGGAGAAAUUAGAAUGGGAGGCAACAACUUCCACCAAGAAGGUGGGGAAGCUCCAGGAAGAUCUAGAAGCAAUGCAGGGAGAGUUUUCAUUAUUUAUGAAGUUCCUAGGAGAGUUGACAAAGACUAAUGUGACCCAGCCUGACGAAGAGUAUUAUGAAGAUUACGACGCUUCUUAUCCCUGGGAUGACCCGGGCACUGAGCAGGAUGAUCUCGACAAGAUGCAAAGCUUGGAGGCAGCAAGGGAAGCUUACGUUGCUGCCUUGGCUACUGCUAAAGAAAGACAAGAUGAAUCAUCCAUUUCUGCAGCUGCCACUGCAAGAAAACAUUUGGAAUCACUAGUUCGUCUGCUCUGAUAAAACGAGAACGAAGCAACUUACUGUAACUCCAUUCCACAUAUUGUGUGUUAAAUCAGUUCUAGAGACAAGGGUUUUCUUAGAUAUUUAGUUGCUUAUCCCAUGUAGGUUUGAA